CGGCCUUUUCUCCUCGGAGUGACGGAGGAUGAGAGGUGACCUGAUAGAGGUGUACAAGAUGAUGAGAGGCAUUGAUCGUGUGGUUAGUCAGAAACUUUUCCCCAGGGCUGAAAUGGCUGACGCGAGGGGGCACAGGUUUAAGGUGCUGGGGAGCAGGUACAGAGGAGAUGUCAGGGGUAAGUUUUUUACUCAGAGAGUGGUGAGUGCGUGGAAUGGGCUGCCGGUGACAGUGGUGGAGGCAGAAAUGAUAGGGUAUUUUCAGUGACUUUUGGAUAGGUACACAGAGCUUAAAAAAAUAGAGGGCUAUAGGUAACCCAAGUAAUUUCUAAGGUUGGGACAUGUUCGGCACAACUUUGUGGGCCGAAGGGCCUGUAUUGUGCUGUUGGUUUUCUAUGUUUCUAAUUCCAUGGGCUCUCAUCUUGCUAAGCAGCCUCACGUGCGGCACCUUGUCAAAGGCCUUCUGAAAAUCCAAGUACACCACGUCGACUGCGUCUCCUUUGUCUACCCUGCUUGUGAUUCCUCAAAAAGAAAAUUGCAAAAAGUUAGUCAGGGAACCGUGCUGGCUUUGGCCUAUCUUCUCCUGUGCCUCCAGGUAUUCCAUAAUCCCAUCCCCAACAAUCGAUUCCAACAACUUCCCAACCACUGAUGUCAGGCUAACGGGUCUGUAGUCUCCUUUCUGCUGCCUCGCACCCUUCUUUAAAUAGCGGAGUAACAUUUGCAAUUUUCCACUCGUCCGGUACAUUGCCAGGACCUCUGGGUUCUUGGAAGAUUACUAUUAAUGCCUGCACACCCUCUCCAGCUGCUUCCUUCAGAAGCCUUCAAUCAGCUCUUUCGUCUUACUGACGCUGAGAGCCGUGUUGUUGCUGCGGCACCACCCCACCAGCUGGCCUACCUCACUCCUGGACGCACUCUCUUCACCGUCUGAGAUUCUACCAGCAAUGGUUGUGUCAUCAGCAAGUUUAUAGAUGGUAUUUGAGCUAUGCCUAGCCACACAGUCAUGUGCAUACAGAGAGUAGAGCAGUGGGCUGAGCAUACACCCCUGAGGUGCAGCACUGUUGGUUUUCAGCCAGGAGGAGAUAUUAUCACCAAUCUGCAGAGUUUGUGGUCUUCCGGUUAGGAAGUCGAGGGUCCGAUUGCAGAGGGAGGUACAGUGGCCCAGGUUCUGCAGCUUCUCAGUCAGGAUUUUGGUGUUAAAUGCUGGAGCUAUGGGCGAUGAACGUAGGUGUUUGUGUUGUCCAGGUGGUCUGAGGCUGUGUGGAGAGCCGUUGAGGUUACGUCUGCCGUUGACCUAUUGUGACAGUAGGCGAAUUGCACUGGGUCCCGGUCCUCGCUGAGGCAGGAGUUCAGUCUCGUCAUGACCAACCUCUCAAAACAUUUCAUUGCCGUCAAUGUAAGCGCUACCGGGCGACAGUCGUUAAGGUAGCUCAUGUUAUUCUGGGGGCGGUGGAUGGCUUGACGGGAGGGACCGUCGGGCGUAGGAGCAGAGGAGGGCCGUUCAGCCCAUCGGGUCAGUUCUGCCAUCCCAUCAGGGGUGAUUUUACAGUGCAAGGUUGUCUGAUGACUUUGCCAGUCCACGGGAGUAAGGGGAGAUGAAAUAAUUGUAGCUCCUGAUCCGAGGCAGCGGAGAGGAAACAUGAUAAGAUAGAGGACAGAAUAAUAAAAAUACACAAUAAAUAUUAAUAAUGAGAUACAGAAUAUAGUAUCUUAUGUAUUUAAACGUCCUCAGUGGAGGGGGAUUCACAUCCAUAAAGGCACAGAUAUAUAUAUAUAUAUAUAUAUAUCUGUCUGUAUGUAUCUGGGCAUCUGCGGACUUGAACUCCCCUCCACUGAGGACAUUCGCAGAAGCAGAAGUGGAAGGAAUUAUCGGGGGCACCGGUCGCCCCGGCCGCAAGCUGUUUCCGCUGCUUCCGUCUGGCGGACGGUGCCGCUGCGCUAAGGGCAGGGCCAGCGGGCUACUGGGCAGCUUCUCUCCGCGAGCCUUUCGACUUUUAAGUCCACACUGCAGCGGAGUCGUAACGCAGAAGAUUUUCACUCCCUCGCGCUGUGGGACGGAGGGCCCAAGCAAGACAGCGGGGAUCUCCGCUGAGGAGCAGGUUUGCGACGGGAGAGCCGCCGGAGGAGGAGGAGGAGGAAGGGGACGACAGAGGGGCAAACGCCAGGCUCCCUCCCCCCCAGCUGGAGGGGGCCCUGCCCCAGGUGGCCGGCGUCUUCGCCAACCCCUUCGCCGACGAGCGGCGGGAGCAGCUGAGGCUGCUGGAGAAGCACGUGCGGCUGACGGGGCGCCUGGGCGAGCAGGGCCCGGGCGGGCCCCGCGUCUGCCUACCGUACCGCAAGGACGGACGCUGCCGAUACGGAGUCAACUGCAAGUUCGCUCACGACAGCGACCUGCCCGCCUCGCAAAGCGCAAACAGAGGCGGCCAGGAGGCCGCGGCUCACGGCGCACGCAACGGGCAGGCCGCGGCCAACGCCGCUCCCGGUAGCAGUCAGCCCGGGACUAAGAGGAGGCCCGGCCUGAGCCCCGGCCUCUUGCCUCCCAAGAGGAGUCUGAAGGACUACCAAGCUCAGAGGGCCAAAGAGGGGCCGGGGUACCUCUAGUUGAGGGAUUUGUGCGGGAGCGGGGUGGGGGAGAGAGUUUGGGCCGCCGCGCUGCUGGAACUGACCUAUCCUGCUGGGACGCAGCCAAUGAGGAAGCUGAGGUGCCAAUGAGGGGGGACCGCCGGAAGCAGCCAAUGAGAGGGAUCUCAACUGCUGCAGCGCAGCCAAUGGGUGGGGGGGGGGACUUCAGCUGCUGACGUGCGGCCAAUUGCAGUCUUGAGUCGCCCUGACGUGGCCAAUGGGAGACCCGGGCUGCUGCGACGUGGCCAAUGGGAAACCCAGCCUUCUUAGAGCGGGCGAACGGAGGGGCUGGAAGUGGGAAUGAGAGUCACGAGAAGGUGUGUCCCACUUCUACACUCCUGGGGUCAGAAGGCAGGCAAGGGGGUGGGGGGGAGGUCAUAGGUUAUCUCGGGGUCGCCCCAUCUCAGGCUUUGGUUCGACUCCCUGUUGUACGGGAGCUGAGCUGACCGAGUCUGUGGAUGUUGGGAUACCUUGUCGCUGGGGGGGGGGGGGGGAAGGGGGGUGCAGGUUGUCACGGUUUAAAUGAACCCGCGGCAAUCGACCGCGCCGGGAGCCUGGUUUUGAUGUCACGACCACUGUCUUUAUUAGCAACUUAAUAUAGCAACUCAUACGAGAAC